AAUCCAUGGGAAACAAGUGCUUGUUACUGCGUCCGUCAUGGCUCUUACUGGAGAUAUGCCACAGCAAGCUAAAAAUAGUGGUAUGCUCAGCUAUAGUGCUGAUAUCGGAUGUCGGACAUGCUACUGUCCACGCAGCAAACAGUAUCAGUGGUCAUAUGAUACUGUUUCCCAUGGCCGAUAUCAUUUCCAGCAUCAGUAUUACCGAACUGAGGGUGAUCACAAGGCCACUGUUCCAGAACAGCAAAGAUAUUUUAAUGCUGCCGUCCGUAUGAUGUACCGCACUCUGAUUGGAAGGGGAUCGGCUAUCGUCUGCUGGAGUAUAUCCAGAAAAUUCUUGUGCCUUCAGGGGUUUCCAACUUCGCUACAGCCUUGCAAAAAGUUGUUCGGCCGGCUCAAUGGCCUCACUUUCCUCCUCUGAAACACCUAAAAACCUGGACAUUGUCAGACCUUGGUCGAGGGAUCAUUCUCUUACCUAUUAUUCUUCGACCGCGCGUUGCCUCCUGCACUGGUAAAUGCAAGGAUUACUCACAGCCGCCGAAUCUUUCAGCAUUUGGUGGUUACAGCUUCAGCCAUGACUGAUUCAGAGCUACAGGCAUUCAGCAUCCAU